GGACAACGAAGCAACGUAACAAUCUAUAGCGAUUAAUCAAAGUUAUAUGAUGCUGUGACUUGGUACUGUCAAGCCAAGGCAUCGGUUGUCAACUCAGGUGGUUCAUUUGUUCGGGCCUCAUACCAUUCCUGUAUUGAACAUCGAUGUCUUCUUCCUCUCAUAAAACGCCAGCAAAUGACAUUGUGAGUGAACCUGCGAGCGAUGCUGCUCCACUUCGGCAAGGCCCAGCUUUCGAAUAUCAAAGAGACCUUGAUAAGGUUCAGCGGAAGCUGGGAAGGCAGCACAUACAGAUGCUUGCACUCGCGGGCACAAUUGGAACAGGUCUAUUUUUGGGCCUCGGGCAGAUCUUGGCUCUUUGUGGCCCACUGGGUGCUCUAUUAGUCUAUCUGCAUGUUGCCUCGGUCGUUUACGCGACUUUGACCUCGGUUGGGGAGCUCACUGCUUAUGCUCCUGUUUCCGGAACUCUGAUACAUUAUGCUGCUCGAUGGUUUGACCCAGCACUGGGUUUCGCUGCCGAACAUGCGCCUAACUUCAUAGAUGUUCUGUUUCAGCUUGGAUGGGGAAGUGAACAGAAUUAUUUUUAUUAUGCAGGCAUCGCAGUGCCCGUGGAGGUAACAGCUCUAUCUGUCCUUGUGGCUUUCUGGGAUAAAGACCCGAAUCACACAGCAAUCUACAUAGCAGUAACUAUUAUAUUGCUUAUCAUUAUCAAUCUUUUUGGCGUUAGAUUCUUUGGAAAUUCUGAGAUUGUCUUCGCAACGCUCAAAAUAAUGCUUAUCAUUGGACUAAUCAUCGGAGGCUUGGUCGUAACGCUAGGUGGAGGGCCAAAUCAUGAGCGGCACGGAUUUCAGUAUUGGCGCAAUCCAGGUCCUAUGGUGUCAUAUUUGGAACCAGGGGGCCGUGGUCGAUUCGUUGGCAUGCUCGUAGCUCUAGUACCUGCGGCAUUUUCCAUGAGUGGAGUGGAACUAAUUGCAAUCUCUGCUGCAGAAACACAGAACCCCAGGAAAAACAUUGUUAGAGCGAUGCGAACGGUUCUUUUCCGCAUUCUUUUCUUCUAUAUCACCGCUGUUGUGAUAGUUGGGAUGCUGGUACCUUCCAACGAUCCUCUUCUUUUUCAGAAAGCCUCAAAUGCAGGACAAUCACCCUUCGUACUCGCAUUCACCCGUGCGGGCAUUAAAGCUCUUCCAUCUAUCAUCAACGCUGUGCUAUUGACAAGUGCCUUCAGCGCUGGAAAUACACUAAUUUUUGCUUCCUCUCGUAUUCUGUAUGGACUCGCAGUUCAACGGCAAGCACCUCAGAUUUUUACACGCUGCACUUCGUCGGGAGUACCGUAUGUCGCAGUUAUUACUGCAGGCACAUUCUCGGUGUUAGCUUUUCUCAAUGUAGCUGGAAACUCUGGAACCGUUUUCAACUGGUUCGUUGAUUUGGCUACUGUUGGUGGUCUGUUCGGCUGGGGGUCCAUUAACUUGACGUAUCUCCGUUACUACUAUGGCCUCAAACUUCAAGGAAUAGUACCCGAGGGGAUCUAUCGAUCCUCCCUUCAGCCUUUUGCUGCCAUGUGGGGCCUUUUCUGGGUUAUCUUUUACAUAUUGGUCAGUGGAAUUUCCGUGUUUUGGGCGUUCGAUGCAUCGACUUUCGUUGCCUCCUACAUCAACAUACCAAUAUUCUUUUGCCUUUAUUUCGGCUUCAAGAUAUAUUAUAAGACAAAAAUCCGUACACUUCGCGAUCUCGACUUUGUCACAGACAUACCAAAACUUGAGGACACCGAGGACGAUGUGCUGCCGACCAAACAGACGCUUAUGACGGAAAUCCGCCAGGUUGUCUGA